GUUUCAAGGAACUCCCCUUCUGAUUAGUAGUUUUCUUUGGAACGAGUUUUAGAAAGAGACGCCAAAAGAAGUGUGGUUAAUUUAGGCUCGAAGAAGCUCUUCUGAUCUUUCAGCAAUGGAAGGUGCAGAUGAUAUUUAUAGAGCAUGUAGUUUACAACGAGGUGGCUCUUCUUUAUGGACAAACAAUGUUUCAGAUGCAUUCUCAAAAUCUUCAAGAGAUGAAGAUGAUGAAGAAGCUCUAAAAUGGGCUGCUAUUGAGAGACUACCUACUUUCAAUCGUUUACAAAAAGGUUUGUUGGCUACAUCAAAAGGUGCCAAUGAAAUCUACAUUCAAAAUCUUGGGAUUCAUGAAAGAAAGGGAUUGCUCGAGAGGUUGAUCGAUGUUUCUGAAGAAGAUAAUGAGAAGUUCUUGAAAAAGCUCAAGAGCCGCAUUGAAAGAGUUGGAAUUGAUCUCCCCACAAUUGAAGUUCGAUUCGAGCAUCUAAAUAUUAAAGCAGAAGCUCAUGAAGGAAGCAGAGCAUUACCAUCGAUGAUUAACUUCUGUGUUGAUUUUGCAGAGGGCUUAUUCAACUAUCUUCACAUCAUUCCGAGUAAAAAGAAACAAGUUUCCAUCCUUGAGGAUGUUAGUGGAAUCAUCAAACCAUCAAGAAUGACAUUGCUUUUGGGUCCUCCAAGUUCUGGAAAGACAACUCUUUUGUUGGCUUUGGCCGGAAAGCUUGAUCCUAAUCUAAAGUUCUCCGGUAGGGUGACAUACAACGGUCAUGGGAUGAAUGAGUUUGUACCCCAGAGAUCAGCUGCCUAUAUAAGUCAGUAUGAUACCCAUUUAGGAGAAAUGACUGUAAGGGAAACUUUGGCCUUUGCUGCAAGAUGCCAAGGGGUUGGACACCGUUAUGAGAUGUUAGCAGAGUUAUCAAGAAGAGAGAAAGAGGCAAGCAUCAAGCCUGAUCCUGAUAUUGAUGUCUUCAUGAAGGCUAUAGCAACAGAAGGUCAGAAGACAAGUGUGAUGACAGAUUAUAUUAUGAAGAUUUUAGGACUAGAAGUCUGUGCAGAUAUUAUGGUAGGAAGUGAAAUGGUAAGGGGGAUCUCUGGAGGACAAAGGAAACGUGUUACAACUGGUGAGAUGCUGGUUGGACCAGCAAAGGCUUUGUUUAUGGACGAGAUUUCAACUGGAUUGGACAGCUCAACAACUUUCCAGAUCGUGAAUUCCUUGAAACAUACCAUUCACAUUCUCAAUGGAACUGCUGUCAUUUCACUCCUCCAGCCAGCACCAGAGACAUACGAUCUCUUUGAUGACAUUAUUCUCCUAUCUGAUGGCCAGAUUGUGUACCAGGGUCCCCGCGAACAUGUGCUUCAAUUUUUUGAAUCUAUGGGCUUCAAGUGUCCCGAAAGAAAAGGAGUGGCUGAUUUCUUGCAAGAAAUAACAUCAAGGAAAGAUCAGCAGCAGUAUUGGAUGCAUAAAGAUGAGCCUUACAGUUUUGUCACAGUUAAGGAAUUUGCUGAAGCUUUUCAGUCUUUCCACGUCGGAUGUAGAAUUGGAGAUGCUCUUUCAACUCCAUUUGAAAAGUCCCAGAGUCAUCCGGCUGCUUUGAAAACUAGAAAGUAUGGCACUGGAAAAAUGGAGCUGCUUAAGGCUUGCUUCUUAAGAGAAUGGCUUCUUAUGAAAAGGAACUCAUUUGUCUACUUCUUCAAGCUCGCUCAACUUACAUUGAUGUCAAUAAUUGCGAUGACACUCUUUUUCCGGACUGAAAUGCACAAGAACUCAGUAUCUGAGGGAGGAGUUUAUUCGGGUGCUUUGUUCUACUCCUUGGCUUUGAUGAUGUUUAUCGGUAUGCCAGAGAUUUCCAUGACCAUAGGAGGCCUUCCUGUGUUUUACAAGCAAAGGGACCUCCUAUUCUAUCCUUCAUGGGCUUUUUCUCUUCCCUCAUGGAUCCUUAGAAUUCCUGUCACACUCAUACAGACCACUAUUUGGGUGGCCCUCACAUAUUAUGUAAUCGGAUAUGAUCCUAAUGUUGGAAGGUUGUUCAAACAGUAUCUUCUGCUUGUUGUUGUGAGCCAGAUGGCUUCUGCAUUAUUCCGUUUUAUUGGUGGACUAGGAAGAAGCAUGAUUGUUGCUAACACCUUUGGGUCAUUUGCACUGCUCAUACUGUUCGCAUUGGGUGGCUUUGUCUUGUCUCAUGGUGACAUAAAGAAAUGGUGGAUAUGGGGUUACUGGAUUUCACCACUGAUGUAUGGACAGAAUGCAAUAGUAGUUAAUGAGUUCCUUGGGAAGAGCUGGAGUCAUGUUCUCCCAAACUCAAACGAAUCACUGGGAAUUGAAGUUCUGAAAUCACGUGGAUUCGUUACGGAUGCAUAUUGGUAUUGGAUAGGAGUAGGUGCAUUGGGGGGAUUCACAAUACUAUUCAACAUUUGCUACACUCUGGCUCUUGCUUUCCUGAACCCAUUUCGGAAGUCUCAGGCUGUUAUAUCCAAGGAUUCUGAAAGCAUUAAACCAGGAGUAACUGGAGGAGCUAUUCAAUUAUCGAACCAUGGAAGUAGGCACCAAAAUGAUAAAGAGAUCAUCUCUGAGGCUAACAAUCAGAAGCAAAAAGGAAUGAUUCUACCAUUUGAACCUUUUUCCAUCACCUUUGAUGAGAUCAAGUACUCGGUUGACAUGCCACAGGAAAUGAAAAAUCAGGGCAUUCUCGAAGAUAAAUUGGAGCUUUUGAAGGGAGUGAGCGGUGCUUUUAGGCCAGGUGUUCUCACAGCUCUAAUGGGUGUCAGUGGUGCUGGUAAAACCACUCUGAUGGAUGUUCUGGCUGGUAGGAAAACUGGGGGAUAUAUUGAGGGAAACAUCACAAUUUCAGGCCAUCCCAAGAAACAAGAAACUUUUGCUAGAAUUUCAGGGUAUUGCGAGCAAAAUGACAUCCAUUCUCCACACGUUACAGUUUAUGAAUCCCUGCUCUACUCAGGCUGGCUUCGUCUACCUCCUGAAGUGGAUGCUGAAACCAGAAAGAUGUUCAUUGAGGAAGUCAUGGAGCUUGUGGAGCUGAAUCCAUCGAGGCAAGCAUUAGUUGGACUGCCUGGUGUAAGUGGCCUGUCUACUGAGCAAAGGAAGCGGCUGACUAUUGCAGUUGAGCUGGUGGCGAACCCUUCUAUUAUAUUUAUGGACGAGCCUACUUCAGGUUUGGAUGCAAGAGCUGCAGCAAUUGUUAUGAGAACGGUUAGGAACACUGUGGACACAGGAAGAACAGUUGUGUGCACCAUCCAUCAGCCAAGCAUCGACAUAUUUGAAUCUUUUGAUGAGCUAUUUCUAAUGAAGCGCGGAGGACAAGAGAUAUAUGUUGGGCCAUUGGGUCGACAUUCUAGCCAGUUGAUCAAGUAUUUUGAGGGAAUUGAGGGAGUUGAGAAGAUUAGAGAUGGACAUAACCCAGCAACUUGGAUGUUGGAUGUUACCUCUUUAGGACAUGAAGCAGCAUCGGGGAUAGAUUUUGCUUCUAUAUAUAAAAAUUCAGAGCUAUACAGGAGAAACAAAGCACGUAUUCAGGAAUUAAGCACCCCUGCUCCUGGUUCAAAGGACCUCUUCUUUCCUACACAGUACUCGCAGUCGUUUUUGGUCCAAUGCUUGGCUUGUUUAUGGAAGCAACAUUGGUCCUAUUGGCGUAAUCCUUCCUAUACUGCCGUAAGACUUCUCUUUACAACCGCCAUAGCCUUGAUUUUUGGUUCAAUGUUCUGGAACCUCGGUUCGAAAACGAAAAGGAAACAAGAUCUUUUUAAUGCCAUGGGUUCCAUGUAUGCUGCAAUUAUCUUCCUCGGAAUCCAAAAUUCAUCCUCUGUGCAGCCAGUUGUGGCUGUUGAAAGAACUGUAUUCUACAGGGAGAAAGCUGCUGGAAUGUAUUCAUCCAUGCCCUAUGCCUUGGCACAGAUCCUGAUUGAGCUUCCAUAUAUUUUCACCCAAUCUGUGGUAUAUGGUCUAAUAGUCUAUGCCAUGAUUGGAUUUGAAUGGACUGCUGCUAAGUUCUUCUGGUAUCUGUUCUUCAUGUUCUUCACACUGUUAUACUUCACCUUCUAUGGCAUGAUGACUGUUGCUGCAACGCCAAACCAACACGUUGCAUCCAUAGUUUCCUCCGCAUUCUAUUCAGUGUGGAAUCUCUUUUCAGGAUUUAUAAUCCCAAGACCUCGGAUUCCUGUAUGGUGGAGAUGGUAUGCUUGGAUAUGUCCAGUUUCAUGGACUUUGUAUGGAUUACUUUCUUCACAGUUUGGAGAUAUAAAGGAAAAACUUGAUACAGGGGAAACAGUCGAAGAUUUUGUCAGGAACUAUUUCGGUUUCAAACAUGAACUUUUAGGAGUUGCCGCAGCAGCAGUUUUUGGAUUUGCCACAGUAUUUGGACUUACCUUUAUCAUGUCCAUUAAGUUUUUCAAUUUCCAGAGGCGAUAAGAUAUCUGCAAAAUUAUUUCUAGUUCAGCUAUCAAAAGUUCUCUGUAUAGUUUUUUGUACUACAGGGUAUUAUCCCCAUUAUAAUCAGCUAAGAAUUUAAGAGAAGAAACAUGUCCAGCUACCACCUGCACACAAACAUGUAUAUAUAUACAUAUACACACCAAUACUUGAUAAAAGUGAAGAUAUUCAAAUCA